AACGUCACCAGAUUUGAUCGAUAAGAACAGGAUACUCUAAGGGUAUAAAAUAGAACAGAGCCGCCAAUUAAGAUUCAUCAGUCCUAAUACAGCUGUUUCAAGCCAAAAUGAAGAUUGUCAUUCUUGCCGCCCUUUUCGCCUGCGCUAUGGCUAUGCCAAAGCGCAUGGUACUGCCACGUCUUCCGGCUUCGGUCAUCCUGAGCGGCAAGUACCAGCUCAUCCCCGAAGACAAAAUCGUCGGAGGAACAGUUGUGGCACCCAACUCACUCCCCUUUCAGGUUUCCCUGCAACGUCGCAGUGGCACCGGCUCCUAUUCCCAGUCAUGCGGUGGCUCCAUCCUCGAUGAAAACGUUAUCAUCGAUGCAGCCCAUUGCGUUAUGUAUGCGAAUGUUGAUGUUUUGCGCGUCGUUGCUGGUGAACAUAGUUUAUCCCAGGACAGUGGCCUCGAACAGAACAGAAACGUCGUUAGCUAUAAGAUGCAUGAGAAUUAUAUUGAACAAACAUUUGAGAACGACAUAGCCCUGAUUUUCAUGGACGCUCCAUUGGACCUGAGUGUUCCUUCUGCCCAGCCUGUCACCCUACCACCUCCCACUUCCGAAUUGGACCCUCCCGCAGGAACCAUUGUCACCGUUUCCGGAUGGGGAACCACCAGCUCCGGCGGCAGCAUUUCUGACCUGCUCCGUAGCGUGGACGUUCCAGUCGUGUCCGACGCUGAUUGUGAUGCUGCUUAUGGUGGCACCGCCCAAAGGCCGGCAGUUGUCCCUUCAAUGCUCUGUGCUGGUGACAUUUCCAACGGUGGAAUCGACUCCUGCCAAGGUGACUCUGGCGGCCCACUCUUCACCGGAACUGGUGCCAGCGCCGUCCAACACGGAAUCGUCUCCUGGGGCCAGGGCUGCGCCCUAGCUGGUUACCCUGGUGUCUACACCCAGGUUUCUUAUUUCUUGGACUGGAUCGCAACCAACAGAGUUUAAUAAUCAGAACGAAUUCGACAUUAAAGUUUAACAAACCUAACAUUUUCUUUCUAACAAUACAACUAAAUUGCCUGGG